UAUACACGUGACAUUGACCACGGAUACGCCUGGGUGGCGCUGCUGGCCGUCUUCAGCAUCCAAUUCAUAACUGGAAUCAUCACGUACUCAACAGGAGUUAUAAAUAUAGCAAUAAUGGAAGAAGUAGACGGCGAUGUUACGAAAACCUCGUGGAUUGGUUCAACUCUUUUCGGAACAUACACUUUACUUGGUCCCAUUGCUGGCAUUGUUCAACACAGGUUUGGUGCCAGGCUCACAGCUAUGACAGGAGGUCUGUUGAUGCUUCUAGGAAUGUUAGUAGCCUCAUUCUGCCAAACUGUGAUCAGCCUACUACUCACAUAUGGCUUUGUUGCAGGUGUAGGUUUAGGACUUGGGGGAAAUGUGAUCGGGGUGAUACCAGGACAGUACUUCCGUAAACGAAGGCCUGCAGCAUACGGAAUCUGUAUGACAGGAUCUGGAGCUGGCUUGUUUGUGGGAGGUCCACUCUGUCAGUAUCUUCUACAUCACUAUAACCUUCAUGGAACAUUUUUGAUAAUGGGAGGUAUUGGGUUCAACAUGUGUGUGGCAGGUGCGUUACUAAGGCCAGUGAAUCCGGAUAGACCAUAUCAAUUAGACGAUGAACAGGAACAAGAACGCGUAGUCGUGAAGACAGUUCAAACUGAUGACAUAGUUGAUAUGUCCAAGUCUGACGAAACGUCGCUUUCUUUGGUGAACGAAGCUCACACGAGGCACAUGCAGGCAAUAGACAGCUCUAAAGAUCAACCACAAGUCACGACACAAUUUGAAGAAUCGACUUCUUUAAAUGAAACCAAACACAUUCGGAAAAUGAUAUGUUUUAACUGGCCUCUGUUUCGUAAAACAUUUCACAUAUUUGGACAAUUUCCUUUUGUCGUGUAUAGCUUGAGCAUUAUGCUUUGGAGUCUAGGAGAAGCUGCUUGGGUGUUCCAUUUGCCGAACUACGCUGAAUACAAAGGACGAUCUCCUUCAGAGGCUGCAAGUCUCCUAACUGCUAUGGGAGCAGGGAGUAUGUUCUCACGGGUAUUUGCGGGGAUAGCAGCCUCAGACUCCAAUAUAGAUGCCGUGUUGCUACAAGUUGGGCUAUCGGGUUUAGCAGGAACAGUUUCAUUCUUGUUUACCGUUGGUUCAUCUUCGUACAUGUCACAGCUGGCUUUCAGCUACUUUUAUGCGACGUACAGUCAAGGUAUUAAUACUCUCAUCGGACCAAUCAUCAUAAAUCUGCUUGGCUUGCCCCACGUUGCCGUUGCCUAUGGAAUCGUGUGUUUCUUCUGCGGGCUUGGUCACUUGUUGGGACCUCCUAUAACAAGCACCUUAUACAAAGGAAGUGGAAUAUACGAGUACACGUAUGUCUUUGCAGGAGCAUGCUUGGUCCUUGGGUCUAUAGCAACAGCAUUAACUAACAUAGGUAGACUGAAUACAUCUACACAGGAAAUAUAGGAGGAAGGGAUUGCUAACUUGGAUCGUCGUGGGUCCUGAGAUGGGUGCCAGUUGGGUGUUGUGGGUGCUGCUAUGGGUAUAUGAAAUGGGUCAAUAUUUGUGGCCGUGAGUAUUGAGAAAGAUGUCGGGUUGGUGUCCUUUAAGUGGUGCAAAGGUAGCAUGUCUUUGUUCAUGUCAGUGAAAUCCACUUUGAGUUUAAAAGGGUGCGUGUGAGAUUGUUCUCAAUCUUGUUUUACGUCCGGGAUGUGUGUGUGUGUGUGCGUGCGUGCGUGCA